AAUUUCAACUCAAUUCAACGCGCACUUUCAAGCGGAGCGGUUCGUUCGUUUGGUCAGCUCUCGACUCGAUUGCGAUUCGAUUCGAUUCGCCUUCUCGCUCGCAUAGUGUGUCGCCCACCAAAUAUAAAAAAAUCAAAAAUACUACUCGAAACAAAAAAUCGAGCACACACUCGAAAAUUAUACAAAUCGUAAGGCAACUAAAUAACAAGCAAACGGCAUGUGGCAAUCAAAAAGAUUUGUUCAAAUGAAAAAUUUAUAAGCACAAAAAAGUUGAGCAAUUUUUAUAAACCAGGAGAAUCUGUAUAUUUUUUGAAAAUACAUAUAAGAAAAGCCAAAAGGUGUGUGAGUGUUGAAGUGUUUGCAAUAAAAAUUGUAAAAUGUUUGAGCCCUAUGUGAAAAUCAAGAAAAAGCGAAGUGUGCAUGAAAUCUAUGAAAAUGAGAAUUUAGAGCAGCAGCAACUGCAGCAGCAACAGCAGCAGCAACCUGCUACCAGCGAUAAUUGUUGCUGCGACAACGGAGAGCCGCAGAAUGGACCUGAAAUUGCAACUGCAGCGGCAACAUCUGUAACAGCAACAUCCGCGGCAACAGCAACAGUCGCCACAGGAGCAGCGGCAAGCAGCAGCAGUAGCGGCAACUGCAGUCGCCUGCAGCAAUUGAUAUCGACGCCACCAGUAUUAUUGCGCAGAUCGUCGCUGCAACAGCAACAGCAGCAACACCACCCACACACGCCAGCAACAACAGCAGCGCAACCACCACCGCAGCAGCAGCAGCAGCAAGCUGCGCCUUCAGUUUUGCAACAGCAUUUGGGUCACCUGAAUUACGAAAGUGGAGCAACUGCAGCAGCAGCAACCAGUAGAAGUGGCUCGGCAACACUGGCGCAGCAUUUGGCAACACCCAGCAACAUAUUGCAGGCGGCAUUCGGCAGCAGCAACUUGCAACACAUACUAACGCGCUCCGCACCCUCGCCCUCGUCCAGUGCGAUUUCCUCCAACAACUGCAGCAGCGCCUGUGCAGGCAAUACGCACUACAACGGCGGGAACAGCAACAGCAACAGCAACAGCAGUAGCAGCAACAGUAGCAACAAUCACCACAGCAACAGCAUCAUUGCCAGCCGCCUGUUUGGAGCCGCCUCCUCUUCAUCAGCCUCCUCUUCACAGGCUGCCUCAUCCUCCUCUUCAUCGCACCAUCUGCAUAGCCAUCAUUCGGCGCUGACCAACUCCAUAACUAAUCGCAUCAAUCAGUCCAUCAGGCGGCAUCUGAACCAGCAGCAACAUCACCAUCCCCUCAGCGCAUCCUCAUCCUCUGCAUCCACAUCAUCAUCAUCGUCGUCGUCCGCCUCCUCCUAUCAGCAAUCGUCGGUACAACAGCAACACUAUAAUUGCGCCCAUCCUGCACAGCAGCAGCAUCAGCAGCAACAGCAAAACCAUCACCACAGCAACAGCCAUCAUCAACACCACAGCAGCAGCAGCAACAGCAACAGCAGCAACAAUCUACAGCAACCACAACAAUCUCCUCUGUGCCUAGUAUUAUUAGUUAAAUGCCCCAAUUCUAAGGAAUUUUGUAACGCCGCCGCAAGUUUCUGUGAUAAAAGAUUGCCGGUGAACGAAUGUCAGGCAAGCCAAACAGCUAGAGUCACCUCGAACCUGCACGCAUCCAGUAGCACGAUGGCGGUCAGCCGUGUACCUUCGCCGCCCUUGCCGGAAGUUAAUACGCCAGUUGCCGAGAACUGGUGUUAUACGCAGGUCAAAGUGGUUAAAUUUAGUUAUAUGUGGACCAUAAAUAACUUUAGUUUUUGUCGGGAGGAGAUGGGUGAAGUACUCAAAUCGUCCACAUUCUCAGCCGGUGCUAAUGACAAACUGAAAUGGUGUUUACGCGUUAACCCCAAGGGUCUCGACGAGGAGAGCAAGGAUUACCUUUCAUUAUAUUUACUGUUAGUUUCGUGUAAUAAAUCAGAAGUCAGAGCAAAGUUCAAAUUUUCCAUACUGAAUGCAAAGCGUGAGGAAACCAAAGCCAUGGAAUCCCAAAGAGCUUAUCGUUUUGUGCAGGGCAAAGAUUGGGGCUUCAAGAAGUUCAUUCGCCGCGACUUCCUGCUGGACGAGGCCAACGGCCUGCUGCCGGAGGACAAGCUGACCAUCUUCUGCGAGGUCAGCGUCGUCGCGGACAGCGUGAACAUCUCCGGACAAUCCAAUAUCGUGCAGUUCAAAGUGCCCGAGUGCAAGCUGUCCGAGGAUCUCGGCAAUCUCUUUGACAACGAGAAGUUCAGCGACGUCACGCUCUCCGUGGGCGGUCGGGAGUUCCAGGCGCACAAGGCCAUACUGGCAGCGCGCAGCGAUGUCUUUGCGGCCAUGUUUGAGCAUGAGAUGGAGGAGCGAAAGCUGAAUCGUGUCGCCAUAACCGAUGUGGAUCAUGAGGUUCUUAAAGAAAUGCUGCGAUUCAUAUACACGGGCAAGGCGCCCAAUCUAGAAAAAAUGGCUGAUGAUCUCCUAGCGGCUGCUGAUAAGUAUGCACUCGAAAAGCUGAAAGUGAUGUGCGAGGAGGCGCUGUGCGUCAAUCUCUCUGUAGAAACAGCAGCCGAAACACUAAUAUUAGCUGAUCUCCACAGUGCGGAUCAAUUGAAAGCACAAACGAUAGAUUUCAUAAAUACUCAUGCCACCGAUGUGAUGGAAACCUCCGGAUGGCAAAAUAUGAUCACAACACAUUCACAUUUGAUAGCGGAGGCAUUUCGUGCGCUCGCAACACAACAAAUCCCACCAAUUGGACCACCAAGGAAACGCGUGAAAAUGAGCUGAAACAACAAUACAACAACUACACCAACAACAACAACAGCAAAUCGUACACCAACAACAAUCAACAAGCAACAACAACCCAAUACCAACAAUCGAUUCACCACUUGCAAUAGAAAUGAGAACUUCAACCGAUGCAGUAGACAUGUGAAAUAUUUGAUCGAUCAAUUAACGACCAACCUCAAGAAAGCAUACUGCGAUACUACAAACUAUUGCCGAAUGCUUUCUUGAGAUUGGCCCCCAAUCGAUCGAUUAAAUAUUUCACAUGGGUACAAUAAAUUAUAUCAACAGCAGAAAGAUUAUGCAAAUGCAGGAGAAAAAGCAAAACAGUUUAUUGUUUCGAUUUCAAGUAAUUUAAUUCAAUUUGAUAAAUCUUGGUUUUAAAUGUAUUUUAUUUGUUGAUUUAAUAUUACCUAUGAUUAA